AUGGCUACGGAGCAGUGGUUCGUGGGGCCGCUUCCUCUAGGCCCUGGAGAAACGCCGCCCCCAGACGACUUCGAACCCGGGGCGCAGCCCUGCGGAAACCCCUCAUGGUUGACGCCCCCUGUCAUUCCUGGGGACCCACCAGAGCCCAAGCCUGAGGAUGUUCAGGAGCAGCUGCCGGAGGCCCCAGCCGCCUCCACGCCUUCCCCGGAGCCUCUUGUCCCCGGUCCAGGGCCAGCCCCUCCUCGCCUACCCCUAGACACUAUGUUCAGCCCCAUCACGGAACAGCUCCGCUUCCUGCUCAAGAAGGCAGAUGAUUUCCAGAGCUACCUGCUCUACAGCAGGGACGGCGUACAGAAGGAACAGCUGGCAAAGGCCAUGCCAACCUUCCUACAGAUGUGCGAGCCCUACUUCCUGUACUUGGAGGCAGCAGGAAGGAGCAUGCCCCCCAUCUAUGGAGCCCUGCAGGAGCUGGUCCGAAAGGGGCUGUUAGAGAUCUCUCAGCAGCUGACCCUGCGCCUGGAGCAGCUGGUCCUCAUGUAUGCCUCCUUCGGGUUCGUGAGCCUGGAGGACACUGACCCUCUGAGCAUCUCCUGUUUCUUCUGUGGGAGGUUCUCCAUCAGCCCUUCCCAUGAGGUGUCCAUCUUCAGAUACUGUGCCCCAGCUGCCUACACUGCCAGCCGCUUCCCCAGAUACCUCUAUAAGAAGAUGCGCUGGAGCCUGGAGACCAUCCCAGAGCCCAGUGGCAGGGGGCAAGAUUCCCAUGUGGAUUACUAUUUCCUGUGCUAUCGAGAUACCUGGGAAGAUACAGGCAAAAGUCAAGCCAAUUCGUGCCCCCAGAUCCAGAAGCUGUGGUCCAUUGGCCGAUGGGUGCCCCUAGGACCAGCUGAGGAUGACAUUUAUUCAUGGAUUUUGUGCCCGCAGCCACCUGGGGACUACCAACAGCUGCUGACCAUCGGCUUCGAGGAGCCGUCGCACACGCUGGCCACCGACCUGCUGGUGCAGAUCCUCACGGGCCAGGCAGGCCAGGCCCGGCCCCCGAGCGCAGCCGGGCCCGCAGCGUGGGCAGCGCAGGGGUCUUGA